AUGGCAGAUACGCGCGGCGUUCAAGUCGGGCCCCAGGCUGGUGCCCGACGUCGACACAUUCAGGAGAAGAAAUGUCCACAAUGUGGCCAGGUCUUCUCCAAAACUGAGCACCUAGCCCGACAUAUUCGGUCACAUACUAAGGAACGGCCGUUUGAGUGCGAAUUCUGCGGGAAGGCUUACAGUCGCCAUGACUCACUGCUUCGACAUGCAAGGACACACACUGGUCUCGAUGGUGACACUACUUCGAAUGGCGCAGUUGUAUCACCACCUCCAUCACAUUCAGGAACUAGCUUGUCGCUACAAUCCCAGUUCCUGGAUGAUAUCUCUACACUGUCUCCUUCUGCUCAACGAGCUGAGACAUUGGGCGUAGCAGGAGCCCCAGAAGGACCUGCAGGGCCCGACUUUUCCAUUUUUCCAACAAACAUCCUCAACCCAUCCGGUGAUAUCGAGAACGCGGCCGUGAGCUUCAACAUUCAAGAGCCUGCCUGGCUGCUAGGGGAAGAGUUCGAUAUAAACGCACUGAACAGCUCAAUAAGUACUGUUCUUUCGGAAUGGGCUCACUACCCGGCCACGAUCGACUCGUCCGACCAGCGACCCCUGGAUCCAGGUACAAACUCAUUCGGCCGCGUGAACCCAUUUCUGUCCUCGCAAGACGCUGCUGUCACUACGGCUGCCACGGCAGUACAGCAGAAAUGGCACACAAGACUUUCUCGAGAUCCCAGCCCUCAGCCAUCAAGCGAGCACUUUCUCGACCAAGAGUGCGUGGACGACAUGUAUCGGGAAGGGCUUUCCCAUAGACUGCAACCACGGAUGAGCCACCCAAAUCUACCCUCAGCCGACUUUUUGAAUCUCUGCGUCAAACUCUACUUCUCACGAUUCAACCCCGUAAUGCCCCUUAUCCAUGCACCUUCGUUCCGACCAUCGUCCGAAAACGCUCUAGUAUUACUCUCGAUUUGUUCAAUUGGAGCCCUGUUUAUAGGGACUGCGAGCGCAGCAGUGAAAGGCAGAAGGAUCUUCCAAAUUCUCAACAAGGCAGUCCUAGCAUCCUGGGAGAGUUAUAUCCGUCGUGGAAGCGUGGAAGCCCUUUCCCUAAUCCAGGCAGCUACUAUUGGGCAGACUUUUGGUAUGCUCUCCGGACAGUCCCAAGAUCUUUGCCUGACUGAGAGCUUCCAUGGCACCAUCGUUGCUUGGGCAAGGCAAGCUGGGCUCUUCUACAUGCGUGAUUCGCUAGGUACCAUUGAUGGAGAUGGCGGAUCAAGUCCCGAGUACGCGUGGAAGAGAUGGGCGCAGGCAGAAGCAUCCAUUCGCCUCGUUCUUGCUCUGCAUGUUCACGAUACGGAGCUCGCCACCACGUUCCACCACGAACCACUAUUAAGGCAUACAGUAGCCAGACUUCCUCAAUGCUGCUCUGAUGAGCUAUUCUCGGCCGCCUCGGCGAUGGAGUGGCAAAGUCUUGUUCGAACAGCCAAGAGCACUGAGCUGUCAGGAUCCCCCGAUGCUUAUCCCAGGGGCCUUCCUCGAGGCUCACAGUUACCUCAUCGUCGAUCGAUGAUGUUUUGGUACGCUUCAUUGGCUGGGAUAUUAGCGUCGAUCCAAGAAAUCCGUGGUAGUCCGUUAUGUGAUGCAGAUGUCAGGCAAUUCCAGGAGCUUCUUCUGCAAUGGCAUCACGAUCAUGAUCAUGCACUGCAAGAUCCAAGACACCACCCCAUAGGUCUCGUAAUCAUGUGGCACUUGACCCAUAUCGCUCUAUAUGCCGAUAUUGAUCUCCUAGAGAGUGCCAUAGGCCGGGAUGGGCACAUCAUAACGGAGAAAGUCGCCUACAAGGCUCGCCUAUGGUCAGCUUCGCCCGAAGGCCGCCGCUCAGUGCUUAUUGCAUGGAUGCUCGUCAAGCGGGCUGAGAGCUUGUCCAUUUCAGUGGAGCCAGCCAUGCACAUCCCUAGAGCAUUGUUUAUAGCUGCAAUUGUCAUCUAUUGCUACACGAAAUUCGGACCAGCAGAAAGCUUGCAAAUGGCAGCACAGAGCAGGGUGACGAUGCCAGAGUUCAUGGUAUCAUGGACAUCACUUUCAUUACAAAUGACUCAAGGCAUUAAAGGCCUGCCAGUGAGCUGGCCAGUUGACCCAAGCAUGUUUUGUAAUGCUAUUGAUCUGUUACGCCGGAUUGGCCAUUGGGAAAUUUCGCACCGUUAUGCCUCCAUACUAGAAUGUCUUUGGGAUGAGUUCACUAAGGGUUAA